CUCUCUGUCACUCAGCAACAGGUAUUUUUACCCCGGACCUCCUCCUCCUCCUCCUCUUAGUUCUUCCUCUCCAUACAGAGUUGGGACACAUUUGGAUCCUCAGAACCAGGCUUGUCGGGCUGUUUUCUGUUCCUGUGACCCUUAAAAAGCAGGUUUCUCUGUUCAGGAACUGGAACAGCUGCCGUGUGCAGGACUUCCUCCAUGAAACUGGCUCAGAUUAGGACAAACGGCGUCUUUGCAGCCGUGAACGAACAUCUUCAUGCAAAGAUGAACGACUUGAGAGCAGACAGAGGCACAAGCUUUUAGAGGACAAAGCAGGAAACGGGGGACAUUUCUCUCUUUGCUCUGUAAAAUACCUCAGCUUUGGUCUCAGGUCACGAUGAGUGGACAAUCUGAAGAGACGAACAGAGAAGCCGCAGAAGAAAGUAUGAACCUCUGUCCUUUUACCACGUUGAGCACCAUUGCUGUCCAGGCUGGUCAGUCUCAAAUUGUCAUCUCUGUCUUGAAGAGUGGAUCUCGGGUCCACCUUCAGCUGGUCCAAGUCCAGCCAGGACUUUGUGAUGUUGGAUCAAAUCCAGAGGAAAACCAAAUGUUGAUUCAGGAGCAGCAGCAGCUGCUGGAAAAGCUAAAGAAACACGAGAACGAGGUUUUAGCUGUGGUGGAAAAGAAAGCUGAUGAGUCAAAGAGGAGGAGUCGAGGAGUUACAGAGCAAAGGACGAGCAGGAAGUGGGAGGAGAAGGAACGGUUGAAGUUUGCCAUGAAAAUGUCCAUCACAGAAGGAUGGUCGCUGCUCCUUCACCUGCUUGAAAGACGGCUUGAAGUCCUGAAUCUGGCGUCAGACUUCUACCGUCAAGCCACAGAGUUUGCUGCCAGCAUUGACAGAUUUGAGGGUCUGCAGGUGAAACCAGGCGAGGGGGGUCCCACUGCGAGGCAGCUCUCCUAUGACACCAUGAGGAAAGAUCUUCUGAAGAAAUCCCUUCAUCUUUUAACCAGCUGCAGCAUUCUGAUGCAGGAGCUCAGAGUGCUGCAGAGAAGUGAAGCCCUCCAGAGGAAGGGAGGAGUACUGCAGGUCACAAAAUUGAAAGAAGAGGAAGAGGAGGUUGAGGGUUCCCCACACAGCAGACAGGUUCUGCAGAGGCUGGAGGAGCUGGUGGAGGAGCUGCAGGAUCGCAGGCGGAGGGCAGACCAGGCGGUCAAAUUGCAGCUCCGACAGCCAGCUGACGGCAUGGAGGUCCAGAAGAUCGAGUCUGAUCAGCGGCUUUUGGCCCAGUGGGACUGCCGUCCCACAGUUCUACAGAUGCAGGACCAGAACCUUCAGUUUGAGUCUAUUUCUCCAGUCCUGUUGUCCACUUUCAAUUUAGAGGAAACCAAAGACUCAAAUCCAGGAUCCGGACCAGACCUAUGCAAAUCUGUGGAACCCAGAAGCAAGUGUGAGGACUUCAGAAAGUUCCUGUCAGGAUCCACGUCAGACCGGAAGUUUGAAAUCGAGGCAUAUCAGAAACCAAACAUAAAUACAGAGCUGACAGGAAGUCUGGACCUGCAGGCUGGGUUCUCAUCCACAUUUAAGUCUCUGAAGACUGCAGAUCUUCAUUCAGGAUUAGGACCAAAUGUGGACCAAGGUUUUGUGUUAGACCUGAUUCCUGAAUCUACACAGCUUCAAGCAGCUGAUCAGAUAUCGGACUGGGGAUCAAGUAAAACUGAAAAGCAACAAGCUGGGUCAAGAUCUCUCAGUCCAAAAGUUCACAGACUACUUACUGAGUUUAGAGAAGACGACUUCAGUUCAGGAUCUGAAUCAAAUCUGAAGCUGUGCUCCAGAUCAGAGAACAAAACGAAGAAAACGCUCCAAACCAGAACAGAGGAGACCAACGUUCUGGAGACUGGAUCCAGAAUGGACCCUGAGGUGAAGUCCAAAUCAGUGGGAGCCGAAAACUCUGAGUCGGAUGUCAGAAAGAAUCUGAAGAACAGAUUCAGAACUGAAGGAAAUCCAGCUCCUGGAUUUGAUCCAAAGCCAAAAUCUAGAUCAGAAGCGAGUCAACGUGCUGGAUCAGGAUCAGAGGAAACCAGACGACAAGAAUUGAUACUCAAACUGAAGGAGACCAAAACCCUUGAGUCAGGGUUCAAAUCACAACUUCAGUCUGAAUCUGGAUCUAAAGAGAAUCCACAGUCUAGAUCAGAGGACAGGUCUAAUUUGCAGCCUGGAGAUGUCAGGGAGCCUGAAGUGACCCUCAAAGAGGACCGGCACGCUCCUGCUGCCGCCACCAGACCUUUGGCAGACCUGCUGAUAAUAAUGGAAGACGAUGCUCCAGAAGGGGAAGGACACGCCCACUUCACCCUCCUGACCAAUCAGCGGCAGCAGCGUUUGUCUUUAUUGGAAUGGCUUGAGGAGAAGGUGUGCCGCUGGACGCAGCUGUUAUCAGACAGCUGGAAAUCUGAAUGGUGGCUGUCUGAGGCUGAACACGCACUGAAGACACACCUUCAACUGCAAAAACACAUUCUGUCUGCAGAUCAUGACGUUGAGAGCUGGGAACAGAUUCUGGGUCCAAACAAAGAAUCCAGCAAAACCGGCCCCCACCGCCACGGUGAGGUGGGCAGGCAGAUGACCUUUCUGAAGGCCCUGACCAAGCGGCUGAGGGGAGGAUGUGUGGGAACCUCCACUGGACCCAACGGUGUUCAGCAAACUCUACCUGAGUCACAGAGUCUUGGUGAUGCAGAUCGGGUCGGGCGGGUUCUGAAGGAGCUGCAGGUUCUGAGGAAGAAGACCGACUGCCGCGUGCAGCUGCUGCAGUCGUAUGUCGGCCUCCUCCGUACCGCUCAGCAGGUGGAUGUGGAGAUGAAGGAGCUCAGGGAGCACUUCCAGAGGAGGAAGGAGGAAGAUGAAGAGGAGGCAGAGUCUGGUCAAAUUGAAAUUGAGACCCUGUAUGUUGAAAUGAAGAAGAAGAUAGACGCAGCUGAGGAACUGGGAGACAGCUGCAUCCAUGCAGCGACCAUGGGAUCAGAGCUGAACUCACAGACACUGCUGCUGAUGGUCCAGCAAACUAUGAAGCAAAUCGGUGAAAGCAAACUGGAAAUGGAACAGCUGAGGGAUCAGGAGGAGGAUGCGAGGCUCUGCAGGGAAUACCAGAAGAGACUGAGCAAGACCUUGCAGGACCUGAAAUGUGUCUCUGAACUGCUGGAUUCCUGCACCUGCGUGGAUCUGGGUUUGGACCUGAACACCUCCAAGCUGCUGGAACACUUCAGACAGGCCAGACCGCAUUUCAGUCAGCUAGAUGCUGAGGUGGAGAACAUGCUGAAGAGCUGGCCAAAAGUGAAACAAAUCCUUGCUAGGCUUAAGAAGCUGCAGGGAGACAUGGUGGAGGAGGAAGAUGUGUCAAAGAUGGUGAAGCUCCAGGGGACGGUGAAGAGUAAGAUCCAGCAGAGUGAGGCCAUCCUGGAGCUGACGAGCAGAUUCCACAUCGCAGCUAAGCAGCUGGAAGGGCUGCUCCAUGCAGAGUUCAGGAGAACUUCAACUGGAUUUUCUGAUGUUGAGCUCAGCCGGCACGGAGAGAGACGACAGCAGAUCUUAAACCUAUUCAAAACCUCAACAGCACUGGGGGGGGACAUCUGUGCUGCAGUCAAGAGCACUGACUGGACGCGUUUCCGUGUGGAGCAGCUGGAGGCUCGGCUCCUCUCCCUGGACUCCCUGUGCGGGUCCUGGCUAAGUGAAGCAGCACAGCGUGAAGAGGAGCUGCACAGAGAUCAGCUGACACACCUGCUGCAGGACAGCAUUAACCAGCUUUGGGACUCUUUUAAGGAGCUGAAAAAAUGCUUCAGCAACACCAGGUUUAACUACCUAAAAAGGAACAACAGAACCAGGAACCUGAAGGUUGUCAGGAACCAGUUGCAGCAGGUGGAGGUGUAUGGAGAGAAGCUGCAGGCUAUCAGAAAACGGGUGCAUGGGGUGGAGGCUCAAAUGUCCUUGCAGGUGAAGGACGGGGGCAUGGCCCAGCAGCUGGAGGACACCAUCAACGAGCUCCGGAAACAAAUGGGAGAGUUGGAGCGUAGCUUGUGUGAACACCAAAAAACUCUCGACAUGACCAGCAGGCUGCACCAAGCCAUGCAGGAGUAUCAGUUCUGGUGUGAGGAGGCGAACUCCACCAUAACUCGUGUGGUGAAGUUUUCCACUGAGUGUCGCAGCCCCAAAGCCAUCUCCACCCUCCACUGCCAGCUUGAGAAGUUCGUGUGGCCGACAGUUCCUGAGCAGGAGGAGAGGAUCAGCCAGAUCACAGAACUCGCAGAAAAACUGUAUGGGGUGGAAGAAGGGCAACGCUACGUGGAGAAAACAAUGAAAAAGCACUGUGAGAUUGUGGCCUCCAUCAGAGAGCUGAGCAGGCAGUUGGUGGAGCUGGAGGCCAAGUUGAAGAUGGAUGAAGAGGAAACACAAGAAGGAGAAAGUGAGGAGCAAAUGACAGAAAAGAGAAAACAAAGGGAUAAUCGUAGCACAGAGGAGGAUGACGGAAUGUCUGAGCUGAAAGAGACAGGCCACACUCCUGAAGUGACCGCUGAGGAUGCUGGGAAAGAGGCCUUCUCGGGAAAGCAGACUUCAGCCAAGAGGGAAGCUUCUUUCCCACAGACUUUCCAUCAGGAUGGAAAUGGCAGCUUCACUCAGUGCUUCAAUCACAGUUCCAGCCUCUCCUGCUCUCCUGUAACCAAUCGAAGGGUCAACACAGUCCACAGCCAACCACAGGCUGUCACCACUCAGCCCCAGCUCACAACCUCUGCCUCCCAGAAGACACAUGAAAUGGGAAAAGCUGCCACUUCCUGUGGAUUAAACAUCACACCAGCACAGGAUUCAUCAGCAGAGGUGGAACUCCAAAAAGAUGCAAUUACAGAGGAUUGUUUUUCAAAUGAUGAAUAUGACUGUGCUUCACCUGAUGACAUUUCUCUGCCCCCGCUGGCGGAGACUCCUGAGUCCACCAUGUUUCAGUCAGAUGUUGAGGAGGCUUUGUGCAUCAGCUCCCACAGUCUUCGUGUCAGUCGGGUCAGCUGCCAGGGCCAGUCAGAACAAAGCACAGCUGGAGCCGACACCGGUUCUGUCCCUCAACAAAGACACUCCAACCCCACAGAAGGUUGUUCUUCUCCCUCUGUAUGUCUUCACAGCAGCACAAGCAGGUUCAAAUCAGAGUCCAGUUCAUUGGCCAAGAGUCCGUUUACACUUCCUGCUCCGAGACUCUUCCCCAGCACUCUUUGCACCAGCUUGACUACCAGUGAAAUCAGUUCUGACAUAUUCUCAAUGAGUAGAGAAAAAUCUAUUGGCAGUCCUAAACCAAGCCUAGACUUAGUUAAACCUGGAUCUAGCCCUGUUUGCAGAUUGAACACAGUUGAUUAUUCCUCAGACAGUAAUGUCCCUGACAUGAGGAGUGCACCACCACCAAGAGAAACCAAAAAUACCCACACUUCAGAGGCUCUAAAUCUGAAUCUGGCCUGUCUUCAGUCUCUGAAUGAUCAAGACUCAGAUCUGCAUAAAUGUAGGAUCCAUCCAGAAGAUGCUGGGCUCAACAAUUCUAAUGGUACAUGUCCUCAAAGCAAAACAGUAACGUGCAAAAAUACCAAUUUCACACAGUUUUUCAAUGACCGAGAAAUAAUUCCCCAUCAAGACUGGAAGUACACCCAAAACUCAAGAGAAUCUACAGUUGAAGAUGCAGAUCCCACCAGAACCUCCUGUCCACAGGACCGGAAUCCUUCCACAGCCGUACCCCAGUCAAGUAAAGCCGCUUUACAAAUCCAUCUACCUCAGUCUUAUACUGGUUCCAGAAGCAGGUUGGUUCAGAAGGUUCUACCUUUACAAAAUGAAGUGUCCUCAGACUGCACUCCCAGAACCAAGAGUUGCACCACAGCUACCACUGUCAUCAAGCACUCUGUCAAGGGCCAGCCAAGUAUUGAAGAGAUUUUCAAGUUAAACAAAUCCUUGAACCACAGCAUCAGAGAAACCCAGAUGGGCAACGUCCACAGUUCUCCAGAGGCAGAGUGUGUCAGCAGCAGUAAAACACUCAGUAUGGAGCAGAGCCUCCAGACAGUCUGUUCCCUCAAUGAGUCCAAGAGCACCUGCCAGACUCAGCCCUGUGUGCAUGGUCCCAGCAUGAAUCACAGCGGUUCUGUCAAGCCCACUGCUCCACUUCAGCCCGAGGCUCAAACCCAGGCUUUGUCCCAGCAGGUUAACCCGCAUGUCUCACGUCCUGCUCCACCUCAUCCACUAACUCCUCACCAAGACCCUGACAUUUGCCUUCCUAUCGCCGUCCGCGAGGAGAUCAGACUUACGCCUCAGAUCAAGGGGCCUCCCCAUCCUCCUGGCUCCCCUUGCUUCACCAGACCUUUGUCUCAAACCGCUAUGGUAGAGGGCUCUCCAGUGAUGCUAGAGGUGGAGGUGAUGGGACACCAAGACCCCAUGCUCACCUGGUUUAAGGAGCAAGAGGCGCCACCACCAGGUGAUCGAGGCAAACCCCUUCUGUUACUCUUUGAGGCAACGCAGGGAGCUGGUGGCCUGCUUGAUGUCCAGCAGGACUCGAAGCAGCCACAUGGUGUUGAGAAGCGGCUGCUGGAUCCUUUUGAUGUCACAUUGGACUGGCACACCGGGUUUGGGAUUCUUUGUGUUCUGCUGUGGUUGUUCUACCUGAUCCUACUCUGAGACAUCAAAUCUGCUCGCUUCCUUGUCAGAGGCAAUGACCUUUGCUGCUUGUGACAUGUCAGCCAACUGUACCGCUGUGAGGAGAAUUGCUUUGCAUUCAAAAUGAUUUGAAAUAUUUCUCUAAUAAAUCUUAAAUGUGUAGAAUAAAA